AUGUACGGUGGUGUGAUACAUGGGUCAUACAGCUUCGACUACGGUGUAUUUAUACAUAUAGAAGAGAUGAAUCAGACAAUGGUGACUUAUUUUAUUAUUAAGGGAAUUUCAGAUGUCCCUCAGCUCCAGGCUCCAAUCUUUAUUGUGGUUCUGUUCCUCUAUCUGAUGACACUUGGCAGUAACAUGACUAUUUUUCAGCUGGUCUGCCAGGAUCCUCAGCUGCACACACCCAUGUAUUUCUUUCUAGGUAAUUUGUCUUUCCUGGAUAUGUCCUAUACAACUGUUACUUCAAAUAGGGUACUUGCCAAUUUCAUAUCAGGACACAAUAGUGUUUCAUAUGUUUCCUACAUUGUGCAAUUUUAUAUAUUUGCAUCAUUAGCAGCUAAUCAGUUGUUGAUACUGACUGCUAUGAGUUAUGAUCGCUAUGUGGCCAUCUGUAAUCCGCUGUGCUAUCACAUGACCAUGAACCGUACAGUCUGUGUCCUGCUGGCCUUUUUCUGUUGGGUAAUCAGUUUCCUAGAAACCUUACCUUACGUAGUGUUAGUGGCACAAUACACUUGUUACAGAUCCAAUAUAAUCAAUCACUUCUUCUGUGAUAUUGUUCCUCUUCUGAAACUCACCUGCAAUGACACCACUUUAUUUUAUAUUUCGGUUUUCAGUGAAAGUCUAUUUACGAUCUUAACCCCCUUCAUGUUCACCUUUAUCUCUUAUGUCUUUAUCAUCACUGCCAUCCUGAGGAUACAAUCUAGUUCUGGAAGACGUAAAGCCUUCUACACAUGUUCUUCACACCUCACAGUUGUCAUUCUUCUCUACGUAUCUAUCACCUGCCAAUAUGUAAGGCCAUCAGCAAAAGACAGUUUGGAUGACAAUAAGAUUCUAUCUCUAGUUAACACUGCUGUUGUCCCCUUACUAAACCCAUUGAUAUACAGCUUAAAAAAUAAGGAUGUGAAGUCAGCACUGAGACGUAAAUUGAUAUGUUUUAAAAAGUUAUUAUGA